AUGGCUUUGCCCCGACGAUGGGCUCAUCGAGAGACAUCCAUUACACCCGGCCAAGUACAUAUACCGAAACAAUCCCCGAUAUCAACCUUCUCGACGACGCAAGGUGCAUGGUAUGGAAAAGUACCUUCAUAUGGUCUGCAGCAGCAACCAAAUCAUGGCCAUCCCAGCCAGUUUUUGAACUCGACCGGCAAGCUUGAAGCUUCGAAUUCCAGAUAUGCAAUGGCAGGCGGCUUCAAAUUCGCAGAAUGUAAAUUCGAUGACAGAGAAUCCAUUAGACCGCAAAACCAACAGCGACGUGGAGGCCCUGACGAUGCUGAAGCUCAUUUUGACUGCCUCCCAGCACCCAUAAUCACAGCGGAUACGAGCACUGCACGGGCGAGCCUAGCGGGAUCUGGGCCAGGAAGCCAAGCACCCCAGUCCUUCAUUGCAACAACACCACCUAACAGCCAGAGAAACAAUAAUUCGACAAUCCCAGCAGUAGCGCAAUCUCUACCAAGAUCCAACCUGGGUCGCGCUCUGACAGGUUCACUCUACCCGUCUAUGGGGACGGCUGAAGUCCAGAAUUAUGUCCCAAGGCUGCAGACCCAAAAGAACGCGUUCAAAAGCUGUGGAAGUAACUGGGACGGGCCCAAGGAGGCGAGGAGCACGUAUGUGAAUGGCACGUCUCAUCAACAAGGAUACCCUCAGCCGGGAUGGGCGGAAUCCACGAAUAGAAUGGCAUGCAUGCCCAUAUCGAGCACUUCAGAUACGAAUAUCGAAUCGGCAUUUCCGACAAUCGCCGAAUGGCCAGAGCAAACGGGUAGCAGAGAGAAUGUUCCAGACUUCACAAAGGAUGCGGCAAACUCGUGGCAUGGGGUGCAAAACUCCAUUCAGCAACCACAGCGAUGGCCUGAUGACGUGAAUAAUGAUAUUUCUCCAUCUUUGAUUACCCAGAUCAACUUGCCAAUCACACAGGAUGGCUGGAAUGAGUUGCCCACAACGUCUCUAGGCUACCAAUGCAGCCCGGAAUCUUCGUUCUCCACCUGUUUCACUCCGGACACGCUUCACGAGCCGGUCAGUUUCGAUUCUCCAGACUUCCAUGAUAUGAACGUGGCGAUGGGAUAUAUCGAUCAAAAUCCCAGUUGUGAAAAGUUGUCAGAAUGGCAGGGUCAAUUGGCUGGCAUUGGGCCUUUCGAGCCGAACACGACAACUAUAAAACAACCAGGGAGGCCCCGAAAGAUAAAAACCUGUGAAACGCUGAGAGGGGCAAUUAUCGGCACCCAGCGUACCAGCGAAAAGGACGAAUACCUGAUCCAAUGCAAGCGUGCGGGAAUGUCGUAUAAGGAAAUCAAAGAAAAAGGAAACUUCUCCGAGGCCGAGUCAACACUAAGAGGAAGAUUCAGAACACUAACGAAACGAAAGGAGCAGCGGGUAAGGAAGCCAAGAUGGCAGGAGAAAGAUGACAAAACUUGCCAGCCAAGCCUUGACAAGCUCGCCAUUCCAUUUCCCCAAACCCCAGCUCAAUACGAUCAAUACCUGUUCACAAAAGGACUAGAUCGAUAUCAAAAUCGCCCUUCAAGUUGUCUUUGGUGUGUGGUGUGUUGCAAUCUAGCAUGA